ACAAAAAGGUCUCUUUAGAAAAAGACUUUUAGAUCAAUUAAAUACCUAUCAAUUUAAGCUCAAUAUUUUUGAGUAUAUUUGAUAAAUGCUUUCAAAGAUUUCGUAGAGAAUAAUAUCAAAAAUGAAUAGUAAAAACGUAAUAUUUUUCAUUCACAUAUGUUCAGUCUCAGCGCGGAAAUGCCCGAGGCUAGCGCUCGUUGACGGGAGUUCACCGACCUAGGCUUUCCCGGCUUUCCUAUUUCUUCAAUUUGCCUUUUCUCGCCUCCCCGAGAUUCUCGUACUCCUCGGCAGCCGUCUAUCUCGCUUAGGCCCCCCACCAGCCACCAUGAGUCAGCUGGCGCGUCCGCUGCGGCAGGCCCUGGCCUCGGUCCGUCUGGGCCGCCAGAUCAACACGGCAGCAGCCCUCCAGAGCAACGACCCCAUCCAGAAACUGUUUGUUGACAAACUGCGCCAGUACGGAGAGAAGAGCAAGUCGGCCAAGGACGGUCUGGUCGACCCGACGCCCCAGCUGCAGGCCGAGAUGAAGAACGAGCUGGAGAGGAUAGCGCGCGUCUACGGCAUCAAGGCCGGCGACGACGUGACCAAGUUUCCCCAGUUCAACUUUCCCGAGCCGACCAUCGACCCCAUCAGCGCCAAGCAGUAGCCGCUGCCGGCCGGAGCUCCGCGCGUGAUUUGUAGCUGUGUACUGAAUAUAUAACUCGGUGGUGAUCG